GGUAAUAACACAGGUCACAUUUCCUUUGUCGGAAGCAUAUAUCAUAAUGAAGUAUAUCCAGUUUACGACGAUUUUAAUAUUGGGAAUGCUUCUCUGCACUCGUUUAAGCAUAGAAGCUAAAGGAAUAUCCGAUAAGGCGCUGGAGGAUACUUCUUCUGAUAAUAACGUUUUUCCAAAGGACUUUCUGUUCGGUGUUUCGACUUCUGCGCCUCAGACGGAAGGUGCAUGGAAUGUAAGCGACAGAGGACCGUCUGUGUUGGAUGUCAUGAUUCAUGCGGAUCCGAGUUUACAACAGGACCGGAGUAAUUUUGACGUAGCGACUGAUUUUUAUCAUAAAUACAAAGAGGAUAUACGUUUGGCCAAAAGUGUCGGUGCUCAAAUGUUCAAGCUUUCCUUUUCGUGGUCAAGAAUUUUGCCGAGUGGCUUUACGAAUCAUGUUAGUAAAGACGGUAUACAAUUCUAUAAGAAUGUACUUAAUGAGAUAGCAGCGAACGAAAUGAUUCCCAUGGUUACGUUGUUCCACACGGACCUGCCGUAUGAUCUGCAAAGGAUGGGAGGUUUAUCUAAUCCCCUGUUUAUUGACUGGUUCGAGCAGUACGCUCGAUUUGUCUUCGCCACUUUCGGUGACAAAGUGAAGCACUGGACGACUAUCAGCGAUCUGAAUCUGCAUUGUUACUGUGGUUACGGCAACAGUUAUAUUCCGCAAGUAAACUUAUCAGGAAUCGCAGAUUAUAUAUGCGGACACAAUGGUUUGCUGGCUCAUACGAGAGUCUACCAUCUAUAUGAUCGUGUAUUUCGUCCUAAACAGAACGGCGAAGUGGGAUACACCGUUUAUUAUCAAGUGCCCCAACCCGAGGAUCCAUCCUCUGAAAGCGACGUGGCCAUUACAGAAAUUGACCAUCAGAAGUUCAACAAUUGGCUAAUACAUCCGAUUUUCAGCAGCACCGGUGAUUACCCACCUAUAAUGAAGGAAUUAGUAGCUAAUCACAGUCGUAUACAGGGAUUUUCUACAUCGCGUCUGCCGAGCUUCACGGAGGAGCAGAUUCGCCACAUGCGUGGUGCUUCGGAUUUCCUUGGGAUACAUUAUCAUACGUACGCACAAGUAACGUCAAAGACCAACGUCGAUAUUAACGUUGUGACUUAUGAUAAUGACUUCGGGGUGGCGUAUGCAGAAGGGUUUCCAUCUCUCAGGGACGCACCAUCAAUGCUUGGGAAACUAAUACAGCGCAUAAACCAGGAUUAUCAUCCUACAAUUUACAUUACCGAAAAUGGUUUUCCUGAAUCCGCUUUAGAGGACAAAGCUAAGGUAGCAUACCUACAAGGGCACCUCGCAGAAGUGUUAAAAGCCAUACGGAAUGGCGUCGAUAUUCGAGGUUACCUGUUGUGGUCGUUGAUGGAUAGCGUUGAACUAUAUUUUGGUACUCAACUAAAAUUUGGUCUUUUCCACGUCGAUUUUAAUCAUCCGAAUCUCACUAGAACUCCAAGACUGUCGUCUAAAUUUAUAACUGGUGUUUACCAAACGCGACGUCUGGAUUAAGCAGCCUGAUAUUAAGCUCCGUUAUGCAUAUUGAAAAUAAUUAAUAAUAUAUUAUGUAAUAAAAUAUGUAAUAAUUUAUGACGUCUAAAAAAUAUAUUGACAU